AUGGCGUCCGUCAUGCUCGCAAGCAGCAGCCGAGUGGGUCUGGCGCUUCUGAGCGUUGGAACUAGGAUACCCGGUCUGCAGGUGCAGGGCAUCCGUGCCGCCUCGUCCAAGGGCCGCAGCGGCUCGUCCAACCGCUGGCUCGCAAGGCAGAAGGCCGAUCCAUUCGUCGCGGCUCGAGCAGAGGAGGGCUUCGUCUCGCGCGGAGCGUUCAAGCUCAAGCAACUGGCAGAGCGAACGUCGCUGCUGGGCCGCGGCAAGUGCAUCGUCGACCUCGGCGCUGCGCCCGGCGGGUGGACGCAGGUGGCCGUGCAGAGCGGCGCAAAGGUCUUCGCCGUCGACCUGCUGCCGCUGGACCAGCAGGCGGCGUCGGGCGCUACUGUGUUGCAAGGCGACUUCCUCUCCGAGGAGCUGCACGAGGCAUUGCGCAGCAGCAUCCUCAGCUCCUACGGCCGGCGAGGCGAUGCCCGUGAGGGCGAGGAGCUGUCUGCGCCCGAAGCGGAAGCUUUGAGAGGCGAAGCUGUCGGCAAAGACGGAGCGACGUCCAAGACGCAGAGUCAGCAAGAGAGAAUCAGCCUGGAUGCCGAGCGGCCGUUGGAGGACCCCUCUGGUGCCCAGACGAAGGACGCGCCUGCGCCCAAGGACCGCGAUGGGCGGCUCGUCGACAUUGUGCUGUCGGACAUGAUGGCCAACAUGUCUGGCAACCAGGUGCGCGACCGCGCCAACUCGCUCGACCUGCUCAAGGCCGCCUUUCUCUUCGCGGCGCGCAACAUCCGCUGCACGCACGGCUCGAAGCUUGUGAUGAAGUACUUUGAGUCGCAAGAGGCGCAGGACUUCAGACGCAAGGUCCUCGAGAAGGCCUUCAAUAGCGUCACGACGGUCAAGGUGGCCGCGAGCCGCAAGACCAGCUCGGAGAUGUACCUCGUCGCAAGCGGGCCGCGACGCAGCGUGCUCUCGCAGAGCGCAGAGGAGCUCGAGGUACUCAUGGAUGUAUAG